GAAGACCUGACCCCGCUCGAGCAGGAGGUUCUCGACGAGUACGAGCGCCUCGCGGACAACAUGCGGCGGCUGGCCUCUGUGCUGGACGCCAUGGCGGACCGCCCGACGACGGAGAUCCUGGACGGCCUGCGCGAGCUGGAGCGCAAGACGAGCCUCGUGUUCACGCUGCUCAAGGCCAGCGUGUACAGCAUUGUGCUGCAGCAGGAG